UGGGUGCGAUGCACAUGUGCUUGGCACAAUUGGGGAGAGGGAAGGGUGUAAAGGGCACCAAUUCAUAAUGAGGCAGCCAGGAGGGGCUUGGGUCAGGUUACACUGGCUAGUACCUGUUGCCCCCAAAUGAGUCCAAGGAGCCAGUAGGCAGCACCCAACAAAACUCUGCCCCGAGAUAGGCAUGGAGGAGUGACAGGAAGACGGCUCUGUGCUUGCUUGUGUUCCCCGGCUCAGAACCGCUGCCUCCCUGGUCGUAUAGAUGGGCAGCUUGGCCAGGGCCAGGAGGUCCUGGGGCUUGGUGGGGUGAUGGAUGGGGAGUGCAUGAAAGAAGGGGUGUGGGGAGAAGUGCAGCGAGACUCUCGGGAGAGGGUCCUGAGGUAGAAAAGCAGCCUGUCAGACACGGGCCUAUUUGUUGUUUCAGGGAACAUGGGCCUAGGCCCACCAAAGCAAACUAUAAGCUUCCCUUGCAAGGAGGCCACUACAGGUGCCCAGCAGAUUCCUUGGGACAAAUGAGAAACAAAACAGGGUUGGGAGUGAGGUCACAGGUUAAUACUAAGUUUGCUGAGGGGAGACUCUGAGCAGAGCACACCAGACACUGCCCACUGGCCCUCGAGUGAGCCCAAGGAGCCAGUGGACACUGCCCAGGGAAGCUGUGCCUGGAGAUGUGAGCAAACAAGGGACAGGAAACAACCCUGCAGUCCCCAGGGGUCCUCCUGCCUAGAGCCUUCUUCCUGGUCAGAUGAUGGCCCCCUUGGCUAGGGCCCGGAGGAGGUUGGCCAGGAGGUCCCAGGACCUAGUGGGGCUACAGAUGGAGAGUGCAUAAAAGCAAAGUUGUGGGGAGAAGUGCAGCCAGAACCUCGGGAGAAGGUUCAUGAGGAGGUGGAAAAAGGGCAUAUCAAAAAUGGGCUUUUGGGCUGGCCUUGUGUGGUAUUUCUCAUGUUCACUAAUCAAGCUAGUCUUUGUACAAUGCUGCUCUCUGUCUGCUGCUUCUGAUAAUGUGGCUCUUGUUUCACAGCCCUACAGGCUGUUUUUAAGGCUAAAUAAAGCCAUUGACUUUGGUGCAAAAAUAACUUUCAGUGAAGCACUGGAUGCAUUGUCAAGAUGCCCAAGAAGGCUGGAUUUUCUUUUUCUGAGUCUGAAAAAGAUGUGAAUUUAAUCAUGAUGACUACAGGACUAAUGAAACCAUAGCUCUUACUUUUGUGUGGCUGUGGCUUUUAUAGAUAAUAUAGCAAAUUUAAUGCAUAUUCCAGUAUUUUGUUUCUUUUGCUUCAGUCUUGAACUGAAUAACGUAGCCAUGGGCCCCUCACAUAAUACUAAUACUUCUACUUUCUUUUAUCUGGAGCAAAAAGGUAUCUUGUGUUUAAAUGCAAUGAUGCGCCAUACCAUCUGCAUCCCUUCUCCACCCCGCCCCUCCUUCAAAAUCCUAGAUCUGCCCAUGAUCAAGGUCAUUGGUCCAAUGGAAGCUGGGAACCACAGCUCUAAGCAUGGCCUGCUGUCUCUUGACUUCAAAACAGGGGCAUGAAAAGCAGUCAAGUGGCACAAGAGAGUAUUCAACAAGGUCCAGGCACUUCCUGCCACUGACUGGUGCUCCAUCUUUUUGGAAUAUCCGCCCCCAAACGGCGACGUCAGAUCUGCUGAGUAGGCUGGCGGAAGCAUCUAGUUCAGUAUCUUGCUUCUCUGCCAGCAUCCAGAGAUGCACCUGCCUGUACAAAUGCCUGCUCCUCUCUGAUAGGAAGUGGUACUGCUUUCCUCUAGCUGUACACUUGUUCCAGCUGGACAUCACAGUGAAACAGGGACGUGACAAGGUACGGGAGAUGUUCAUGAAGAAUGCCCAUGUUACAGACCCAAGGGUGAUAGACCUGCUGGUUAUUAAGGGGAAAAUUGAGCUACAGGAAACUAUUCAUGUAUGGAAGCAGCGGACACAUGUCCUGAGAUAUUUCCAUGAGACAGAAACACCGCAACCCACGGAUUUUUUGUCGAAGUUCUAUGCAGGCAAUGAUCCCUGAAACAGACCUAAAACUGAACAUGUAUUUCACUGUCUUGUUGCAAAUAAAGCUUUCUGUGCUGGAGAUAGACUCUUAAGAAG